AAGUUUGAAAAAUUAUGAAAUAAUAAUAAAAAAUAUUAAAUUUUCUUACAUGGAAUUUACACGUCAUUAAAAUUAAAAAAAUCCAGUGAUUUGCUGGCAAGUUAAUGUGCCAUUUGUCAUUUAACUGACGGAAGGACCAUUUUGGUACCGAAAAUGAAAGUCUGAGGAUAAUUUUGGUUAGGUGGCAAUCAAAUAAGGUGGUACUACAUCUCUGGAAGGGAAAAGAUGAUUCUUUUUAAGAAUGUGAGAAAUAAGGUAACCAGGUGGAAAAGGCGGUUUAUCUUUGUCCGUGAUACACGAAUGGAGAGGAUGAGUCACAAGCUCAUUGCUCAUAUUUUUGAGUGGCUUAUACCUCAAACAUACAUGAAUUACCCUGAACUGGGGCCUCAUGAUGUGGAUUUGAAGAAUAGAUUGCUAGACCAUGUGAAAGAAGUAGGGUUGGUGGACUUAGAAAAUCUAGUUACCUCGAAGCAAUUAGAUGUGUUUGGGUUUGUGGACAUUGCAAACUUGUCAAGGAACAAGUGUGAGGAGGCCGGCUCGCGAUGGCACACGAGGUUUGAUGAGCGACCAACGGCGCCAUCUCGUAGGUCGUCACAUCAAGAGCGAGGUUCCAACUCAAUGACGAGGGCUCAAGUCGAUCUGAGAGUUGAGGCUCUGCCUUUAGAACCCCAAAGGCGCACUCGAGAAGACUCAAAUGCUGAGGAUGACAUGUCGCUCAUUCGGCAGAGAACAAGCACUAAACCUCAGCCCAUUCAACCAAGUGCAAGUGGUUCAUCUAACGUGCCUCCUCUUCCAUUGCGUGACAGUGGUGGUAUGCAUAACUUUAUUCCUCCUCUAGAUCGACAGCGUGCUAAGAGCUAUGUGCAGCAGAACGGUGGCCGCACUGCCAUGUUAAAAUUGAUGGAUGCUUUUAGUUAUGCAGUCGCUCUAUUUAAGUACGAUAAGGGGGCACGAGGGCAAACUUGCAAGCUCGCUGAGAACUACAAACAAUUAACCUUUGAGAAAGUGAGCCUAGAUGAUGAGGUAAACCACUUGCAGAGCUUAGAGAUGGCUAACAGGGCUGCGUCAGCAAAAAGCAAAGCUGACGAGCUGGCCAAUAAGAACAACGAGUUGAAAGAGGAGCUGGAGGAGGCGCAAGCUGAAAAGGAGAGUGGGAUUCUGGCUACUAAGGAGAAGGCUCUGCAUGCUGAGGAACGUGCUAGGAAGGCGGAAGCUGAAAAAGGCAGCAUUAUGAACAAGCUGAGGGACUUCAGGGCUCGAGUGGCUGAGAUAAAUCAAAACGUUGCCUCCCGAGCACAAGGGGCGAAAUGGCUACUCAGCUCAAAAACGUUCCAAGAUGCUGUGGCCAUUGUGGAGAGGAGAUUGACAAACAUGGGAAAAGUUGGCUACCUUCCUCUGAUACAACUAUUCGCCUCAAAUGGGAGUUGGACGAAGAAGGGGUGGCAGUGUGGCCACCCACUAUCUCGGAAGAGAGGGGACUCUUUGCCAAGUUUUGAUGCCUGGGUAGUCGAAAUGGCCAUUGUAGAGGCUGAACCCUCCAGCACCCCGCCGCUUUCCCAGGCCAUUCCUUCUCUAGCUUGGCCUGCUGCCUUAACAUCUUUGCCGUCUAUGCACCUUAUUGAUGACUAGGAAGUAGAUUUAUUUUAUUUUGAUUUUUCCUUUUGUAUUUUGGAUUUACAUUGACUAUUGUUCAUUUUAAUUGAAAACUGUUGUAUCUUGGUUUACUCUUGAAAUGGAACAAAGGAACUGUUUCUAUGAAAUUCAUUUCUCUGUAAUUAAGUAAAUGCGUACAUUUGGCAAAUCUAGCGUUAACUAUAAAAUUUCUAAGAUUAU